AUGCUUUGGGCAAAGAGUUUCGCAGGCGCGACAAGUCACAGAGUCUGCAGCGACUGCGAGACGAGUUAUCCGCCCAAAAGCAGUCCAUCGAGCUUUUGCUUACCAUCCUACUUGUGGCUAAGGGUAUCCGUGUCUUCUAGCCACAACGGACAAGAAUCGCAGGGGAAACUGGAUCAAAUGAUGACAAAGCUGGAAUCCCUUGAAAAGCAAUUGCAGCAACAACUGCGCAGGAAACAAGAGGAGCUCGGGCGGUCUGCCACGGUGGGCAGCAAGGAGGAGGAUGAAGAGGACGGAGCAACAUUAUUCAGUCUGAAGAGAUCUUUGACCUCCGUUACUACAGCUGUGUCUGUCAUACCGCGAAACAAGUUUUUUGAUACUCCUCAGCGUGUCAGAAGCUUCUACACAGGACGAGUAAAUCUCUUGGAGAAUUUGCGGCAAAUUCUUCUAGAUCAAGAGGACGAGUCGGUGCAGGAACAACGGCGAUUUGUUAUUUGCGGCCUCGCUGGGUCGGGGAAGACACAAUUCUGCUCCAAAUUCGCAGAGCAAAAUAGAAAUAGAUUCUGGGGGGUCUUCUGGAUCGACGCCAGCACCCACGAGCGGGCGAAGCAAACAUACGCGGACAUAGCCAAGUUGGGAGAUGUCGAGCUCAACCCUAAGGCAGCCAUGCACUGGCUUUCGAGUCAAGAAGAAAGAUGGCUUCUCCUGAUCGACAAUGCCGAUGAUGCUCGCGUCGAACUCGAUGACUAUUUUCCACAAGGCGAACGAGGGAUCAUCAUCAUCACGUCUCGCAACCCUGCCCACAAGAUUCACGGCAAUGUUGGGCCAUGUUUCUUUGAGUUUGAAGGAAUGGGAGAAGAUGAUUCCAGUGUCUUACUUCUGCGUUCAGCUCAGUUGGCACAACCUUGGGAUGCUCAUUCUUCGUCAUGCGCCUCCAAAAUAGCCAGACAACUGGGAUUCCUCGCACUUGCUCUGAUACAUGCGGGGUACGCUAUCAGAGAAAACAUUUGCUCUUUGCAAAACUACCUGAAAGUUUACGACGGCAGUUGGCGAAAAGUCCGACGAGCGUCAGGGGAGAAGGACGAGAUUCUGAGUGCCGCUGCCUCAUACGAAAUCUGCUACCAGGGUAUCGAGGAAAGAGCGACACGAGCAUCCGCAGACGCCAUCCAAUUGCUCAAGAUGUUCUCUUUCUUCCAUUACAAGAAUAUUCGCUUCGACAUUCUCAAAAGAUCCGUACUUAACCCUGCAUUCGAGAAAGAAGCACGUGAGGACCACGGCCAGGACAACCAUCAGCGACCAUUGACCUGGUACCAGAGGUAUAGAGACCUGCGUCUCUCCAUCUUGGCGUUUAUUAUGGAAAGCCGGGGCCCGCCUGCCUUACCACGCUGUUUACGCGAGACACCAGCAGCUGAUUUUGACGAGUCGAGAGUACGGUACGCGCUUAGAGAACUUACACGGAUGUCUCUAAUCACCCACAACGAGGCAAAUGACAGCUACUCGAUACACCCAUUUGUACACAGAUGGGCUCGGGAGAGACCGGGCAUGAGCACUGCAGAGCAGGCUGUCUGGGUUCAUAUCGCAGCGGUGGUGCUCGGCCGGUCCAUUCUCCUCCCACCGCUGGGUGAAAGUGAAGACGAGGAACUCUUUCGAAGGGACGUACUUGCUCAUAUAGACCAUAUCCACGCCUGUCAGAAAGUUAAUGAGCAGACAAUCCGGGCGAAUCGAACACGUCGCUGGUAUGGGCUUAUCCAGUGGCCUGGACCGGGGUCGAGGUUUGACCGCGAGCAAGCCCUACGCUAUGCGAAGUUCAGCAUUGUGCUUGCCCAGUCUGGACGCUGGAAAGACGCGGAAAUCCUACAGUUAGCUGUGAAGGAUUAUACGCAUUGUCUCUUGGGUUUGGACCAUCCCUCAACACGGCGAGUAACGCUGGCCUUAGCACAGAACUACUGGAAUCAAGGGCGUGGGGACGAGGCUGCGCGAUUGCAACAAACUGUCCUGCAGGCUUGUAUUUCUUCGCUAGGUCCCAAUGCUCAUGAGACUCUUAUGGCGAAGGAUCUUUUGGGCCAGACAAGAUGGCAAGAAGGGCGAUACACCCAUGCCAGAGCACUACAACAAGAAGCCGUUGACGGGUUAAUAAAACUCAAGGGGAUAGACAAUGAAGAUUCCCUAACGGCCAUGGGCAGUCUCGGCCGUACCAUGGCCAAAUUCUAUGAGAACCUAGAUGAAGCCAAGUCACUACUCAAACGGGCAUUCGAUGGAAUGAGCAAGGUACUUGGGCCAACUCAUACAAAGACUUUACUCGUGCAAGAAGAACUCGCUCUUUUGGCGGUGCAAAUGGGCGAAGAAGAUCUAUCCGAGCCUUUGCGCAUGGUGCAACAAGUUCUCGAAACUCGAAGGGAAAAGCUAGGAAAAGAACACCCGUACACCCUUCUUGCCCUAGCGAGCUUAGCAAGAGUCACAAAUGCUCUUGGUCAGCACACCAAGGCGGAAAACAUCCUACGCAGCGGACUUUCUAUUGCAGAGCGCAACCUCGGCGACAGCCACAUAGGGACCCUUAUGGGAAAAGUCUUACUAGGAACAAUCCUUGUCAACCAAUCUAGAUUUGCCGAGGCUGCUUCAACACUCCUCGAUGCAAUGGAAAGGCUACGGCAUCUUACUUCCUACAGGGGAGACUUUCAUCCAGAUCGGCUGGGUGCCAUGAUUGAGCUUUCGAGGUGCUAUAAACUUCAGGGAAGGUUUGAUGAGAGUGUUCGAUACUGCGACGAGGCUAUUGAGGGGUUGCAAAAGAUUAGUGUGACGCAGCACCCAUUGGAGAGAAAGUUGUGGGCCCAGAAAGCAGAGAUUAUCGCAAUGAGAGAGCCGGAAGGUCACCGUUGA